AUGCUAAAUCCUUUUCGGGACAAAGGUGUCCCACUGUCUGAAUAUCAAGACGCCCUGAACAAUAUUCCCUUCUUCGUCAAGCAGCAUUAUCCAGGCUUUCGCUGGAAAGAGGAUGGCUUAGAUAUGAGUUGGACCAGCAUGACUGCUGGAAACUCCAGAACUCCCGAAAAUCAGCAAGUAGAGCGAUGGCUGGUCCCUGGAACAGCUGAACCAUACUACCUAGAAGGCAAGAACCAGAAUCCCCAAACGGAGUGGAUGACAGGUUUACUCCCGGGGCUCAAAGAUGGGUAUUCAACACCGUGGGCCAUGAAUCGGGAAUCUAGUUUUAUUAAGCGGCGUUCAGUAGAUAGUUCGGUGUUUGCUAGUAGUUCCGGUCUUGAGAACGACUCUGAAGGGCAACCGCCAGUUUGA